AUGAACUCCCAUCCACCCUCUCGCCGUCCGUCGCUGGCGCCGUCGGCCUCGUUGCGCUCCUUCAACCGCAGAGUCUCGGCUCUCUCACUCUCGGCCGCCGAACAAGGAGACACGACUCGCGUCAAUCCAGAAGACCAGGUUGUCGCCGACGAGAUUGACGAGAUCAAGCGAUAUGAAGACUUUACAACAAUAGACUGGGUCAGAGAUGCAGCCAGAGAACAGCAACGACGCAAGGCUAAGCGACAAGAACGAGCUGGUUUCCAAGAAAGAGACGGUCGUUUGGGUUGGAGAAGGAGAUUAUGGGAAGCCUAUGAUGCUGGUCAGGCAUGGUUGGUUGUUACUCUGAUUGGCACAGCCAUUGGUCUGAAUGCCGCCUUCUUGAACAUAAUCACCGAAUGGUUGUCCGAUAUCAAGCUGGGUCAUUGUACAACUGCUUUCUACUUGAAUGAGAGCUUCUGUUGCUGGGGUGCUGAGGAAGGCUGCGCAGAAUGGCGGCCUUGGAGUUCUCAUGUUAUCUUCCGCUAUAUAAUAUACAUCCUCUUCUCCGUAAGCUCUGCUCCUCGCGUAAUUCUCUGCCAUGUUCUGAUCAUAUACAAANNGACCAUCUUUGCCUUCACAUCCGCCCGACUCGUCAAAAGCUAUGCUCCCUACGCUGCCGGUUCUGGUAUUUCUGAAAUCAAAUGCAUCAUUGCGGGCUUCGUCAUGAAGGGCUUCCUCGGAUUCUGGACACUACUCAUCAAGUCCAUCGGCCUCCCUCUUGCCAUCGCUUCUGGUUUGUCAGUCGGUAAAGAGGGCCCAAGUGUUCACUACGCCGUGUGCACAGGUAAUGUCAUUUCUCGCUUCUUUGACAAGUAUCGCCGAAAUGCUGCAAAGACCCGAGAAAUCCUCAGUGCCUGUGCUGCUGCUGGUGUGGCCGUGGCUUUUGGAAGUCCCAUUGGAGGUGUGCUUUUCUCACUUGAGUGCCCCAGGCUCACAUUUCCUAGNGCUAUGAACCCCUUCCGUACAGGACAGCUCGUCAUGUUUACCGUCAGCUACGACAGGCAGUGGCAUUUCUUCGAAAUCUUCUUCUAUAUCAUUCUUGGCAUUUUUGGCGGUCUAUAUGGUGCCUUGGUCAUCAAAUGGAAUCUUCGAAUGCAAGCUUUCCGAAAGCGCUACCUUGGUCAAUAUCCUAUCCUGGAAGCCACCAUUCUCGCAACGGCAACAGCUAUUUUGUGUUACCCAAACAAAUUUCUGCGGAUCGACAUGACAGAGAGCAUGGAAAUCCUUUUUCUGGAAUGCGAAGGAGGACAUGACUAUGAUGGUCUGUGCGAUCGUCAAAAUCGCUGGGCAUCAGUCUUCUCCCUCCUCAUAGCUACCAUUCUUCGCACCUUCCUCGUCAUUAUAUCGUAUGGAUGCAAAGUACCUGCGGGUAUAUUUGUGCCUUCUAUGGCCAUUGGAGCAUCCUUUGGUCGCAUGGUUGGUAUCUUGGUUCAAGCGAUCCAACAGGCAUUUCCCAACUCUGCCUUCUUUUCGGCUUGUCAGCCUGACAUGCCCUGCAUCACUCCGGGUACAUAUGCGUUCUUGGGCGCUGCGGCUGCUCUGUCUGGAAUUAUGCACAUCACUGUAUCUGUCGUUGUCAUCAUGUUUGAAUUAACAGGAGCCCUGACUUACAUCCUACCAACAAUGAUCGUCGUCGGUGUCACGAAAGCGGUUAGUGACCGCUUCGGUAAAGGCGGUAUCGCAGAUCGGAUGAUCUGGUUCAAUGGUAUGCCAUUCCUGGACAAUAAGGAAGACCACGCCUUUGGUGUGCCUGUCUCUACAGCCAUGACCAGCGAACUGAAAGCCUUGCCUGUUUCUGGUCUGGAAGUUCGAGACAUUGAAAAACUUUUGGAUGACACUAAGUAUUCUGGCUAUCCAAUCGUCGAAGACGCUACAUCAAUGAUGCUGGUGGGAUAUGCUGGUCGUACCGAGCUCCGCUAUGCUCUUGACCGAGCUAGACGUGACCAGCUGGCAAAACCACGCACGAAAUGCUUCUUCACUCCAGUCGCUGGACACGUACCGGUCACCCCAUCCACACCUAACCCAGCGGUCCAUUACGACUAUUUGAGUGCGACAUCAAACCAGGGAAGUGUAGACCUGAGCAAGUUCAUCGACGCGACUCCCAUCACAGUCCACCCUCGCUUACCCCUAGAAACUGUCAUGGAACUCUUUAAGAAACUUGGACCUCGAGUUAUCCUUGUGGAAUAUCGUGGUAGACUUACUGGUCUCAUCACAGUCAAGGAUUGUCUCAAGUAUCAAUUCCAAGCGGAAGCACACGAGAACCCCAAAGAUGAUUCUGCUCUGAGAGAAGCACAAGAUCGACUUUGGGAAGUUAUUAGGAAGACGGCUGGUUGGAUCAACAGUCGACUCUCGUUUGUGAAGCGACAAAGUCGUCAUGUUCGAUUACCAUCCAAUUCUGAUGCAGAUAUCACGCCGAGGAGCGAUACGUCGGCUGAAGGUCGAGCAGCAGCAAGGAAUGACGACCUAGAAUUAGAACAUAGAACAUGA